UUUUACAUUGCAUGUGUGUCUAUCCUGUACCUUGUCUGUGCUUGUAUCAUCCAAUCGAAACGGAUCACUCUUUUAUCUUAUUAUUUUUAUGUACAUAGAAUUCAACUGCCGCAUGCUGGCAUUCGAUGUUUACUUGUAAAUUAUAUAGAAUUCAAAUAUUAUAUCAUGUAUAUUGUAUGAAAUACUAAAAAUAAUUCAAGAAAUCUAUUUAUACAAGUUGAUUUAUUAACACCAUCUGAUGAUGUGUUUUAUACUCCCUGUGGACAUAUUUUUCAUUUUGUUUGUGUGACUCAAUGGCUAGAAAGAUCUAAAUCUUGCCCACAAUGUAGAGAAAAAACCACAAUGCGUCAGAUUCAUAGAAUAUAUUUCAGUUUUUCUAAUAAUGAUACCAUCGUAGAGGAUAAAUAUUCUUUGCAGGAUAAAGUCGAUAAGCUAACACUGCAAUUAACUAUGAAAGAAAAAGAUGCUAAACAUUAUUCAGAAAAAUAUCAUGCAUUAAAAAAAGAAACUACACAUUUAAAAGAAGUAUUAGUAAAAACAGAAACUGAAAAAAAUAGUAUCAUUGAUGCACUUAAACAACAGCUGAUUUAUUUUAAAGAACAAGCUUCAAAAACUGAUUACAUGCAAAAAGAAAAUGAACAAUUGAAAAAAAAGGUAGAAACAUAUAAAAAUAUACAAACAUUAUUGGAAUCAUCCUCAGAAGAAGUAGACCAAUUAAUUUCAAGAUCAUGUGAUCCUAAUACUCUUAUAACGUAUAUAUCUGUGAUGAAAAGAGAAAUGACAAUUAGUUUAAGCAGAAGAAGAGAAUUAAGAUCCAAAGUGAAGAGUCUGCAACAAGACCUAACAAAAGUAUCUAUGGAAAGGAACUUUUUAUCAGAAGAGCACACAAAGAGGAAAAAAAUUGAAGAAGAUCUAAUAACUUGUGAAAGUGAAAAAAUGUUAUUACAAAAUAAACUUAGAGAUUUAGAGAAAAAUGGAUCAUUGUCAAGUAAAUCAUGCAAUUGUGAUUUAAAAAUGAAAAAUAGUGAAAAUAGUAAUUCAGAAAAUAUGAUUAAGCCAAAUGAUAUUGGAAGUACAGCAACAAAUAAAAACACUAAGAUAGAAGAUAUUAGUGAGAAAGAACAAAAUCCAACUGCUGAUACAGCAAAUCAUAAGAACGAAAAUGAUUCACCAUAUCUUCCAGUAAAAUCAGGGGGUGUAUUCGUGUUAAAGCAAUUAACUACUAAAAAACGUAGUACCAUGAAAUCAAAUCCUUCAAUACUUAUUAAAAAACCAAGAAUAGAGCAAACAAAUUUAACGGAAUAUCCAAUUUCAUUUAAUGGAUUUGGAGGACAUUCAAAAUUUAAUCAAUUUCCCGGUACUUCUGGUACAACGGAAGGCAUCUUCGGUCAAAGGAUCGAGGCUCUUAAUGACGUGGUCCUCGAUUCGAUUUCGGUUCGCAACGGCGACGUCUUUGUCGCCUUCAACAGCUACAACGCACUCUUCCGUUGUCCGGAGUUUGACCCGGUCCUUUGGCGUCAGGUUACAUCUGAGUCGUGCACCUCGGCACGUGCGUUUUCUUCUGUGACAUUGUUACGCGGACCAAAUUUUCUUACAGAUUUCAACUGUUAUCUACUAUUUAUUAAUUCUUAUAAAAACUCAAACGCUAUUUUUACAAUGUUCGCUCACUCUUGAAACUUUACGUUCACGACUCUAUGACGUCUCUUUUUCUACUGUUUUUUUUGCCAUUUUCAAGAAAUUUUGCCAUAUUCAUGGAGUCGCGUCCGCUUUUGUUUUUCGAUUUGCAGUCGAAGCCUUCAGAGUUCAUUGCUCCAUAUUGAUGUUGUCAGUCAGUCAGUGGUCCAAGUCAUUGACACCCUACAUUCGGCCAUCCUGCAGGAUAUCUGUGUUUAAUCUUCUUUGUUUAUUUCUCAUUUCAUUCUGUCUAAUGCGACGUCCAUAUAAGUGCUAUUUCUGUUAGUGAAAGCGUGUGUACUGUGGAGCCAUUUACAUUGUCUGAAUACAACAUAUAUUAUAUUGGUUGUAAAACAACAUGUUCGGGCGAAAAAUAAUGUGAUAUAAUUCAAUUUGAACAGUACUCUCAUUAAUUCGGUGUUCCUAGUUUGGAAACUACAAAAAGAAUGCCCUGAGAAGGGCAUUGCUUAGCCAGAGAGCCCCUCUUUUCAGCGUGGCUCUGGCUCUAUUUAUUAUGCAUCCCUUAAGGAGGUACCGACUAACGAAACACAGGUGACCAGCGUUCCCAUCUUCCAUCCCUAAGAUUAUCUUACAUUCGGUCAUACUUACAACACAUCUGUCCUCAGACUUUCCAUUUCGAAACGUCGUGAUUCUACUAGAAACAAUAUAUAUAAUAUGCCGUCGUAUCGCGAUGCCGUCGCAUUGCCCACGACGACCUGUGGAUCACGAACAGUCCGGGACACAAUCCACCCCUUCUUCGGAACCACCACCUCUCUCCCUGAGAUACGUAUCCAUCUGAGUAGGUAUUAACUUGAGAUAAUUACACACCGUUUAAGUCCUAUGCCUAGGGAUACCGCGCUCCGCAGCACCCAUGUUUGGUAUUUGUUGAUUUUCCCCUGAGCUUAUACAUUGCCGUAAAGCACGUCAUUCUAGGUCAGUGUCAGUUCAGGAUGCACCGCUGCACCUUUGUGACUGCUACACCUUUCUCUAGGAUACGGUGUCCGUCUGAGUCUGCGUUGACCUGGUAUGCUCGUGCACUGUUUCGGCCAUGCAUAGGGUACCACACCGUAGUACCCGCCCUAGCAUUUGCGAUCUUGUCCUGUGUUUUUUUGCACGUUCUAGUGUCGCGAUGUCCGACACAUUUGACACACACAUAUUUUUAUUGCAGUUUAAUGCGGUGUGUUUAUGGACUUGGCAACGGUAACACUGCAUUACUGGUUUUCUGGUAUCGUAUUUUUCCCAGUAGACUUUGAGGUUUUCUAUGAAUCUGACUUUGUUUGCCUGCUGUAUGGUGGUUCCAGGGCUGAAAGUUAUUUUAUAUAUGGGGUAUAGGGUUUCUUUACUUAGCUCUUGGCACUGUGUUGAAUUUAGUCCUUGCACUUUCUACGAUUGUAUUUGUGAUGAAUUUUAGUAGCCCUUUGGUCACUACGGUUAAAUGUUUUUCAUUUGAUAGGGAAUAGGUAUGGAAUUCUAUAUGUUCGUUGAUGCAUGUGGAUUUGAAUUUUUUUAAAUCUUCUGUUAGAUUAAAUUGUAAUUUGAGUUUGCUCUGGCAAUUUUUUUUGCCUGAAUUCUAUUUUGGUAAGCGUUUUGUAAUAUUUCGAGGAAUCUUAAGAAGUUCAUUUUUCCAUAUAUAUAGAUUAGUAGAGGUUUUGUGUGUUUCUUUUGUAGUUGGGUUUCUGUUUGAGUGGUUUGUGUGUAGUGUGAGUUGUUUGCGGUUUUUCUGUAACUGGGCAUUCGGAAAAUUUUCUAAUCUAUUACUUAGAUGUAUGUCCGAGGUGUUCAGACUCACGAAUUUGUUAAAUAUGACUGCUGGUCUUGAGUGGAGAGGGAUAUGGAUUUCCUCCUUACUCUGUAUGGGUCUGCGACAUUUCUGUUCCACUUCUUGGAUGUGGCGUUUAAUGUUCUUUUGUCCGGAUUCGGUAGCUGGGUGUUAAUAUGGUCAUUUUCCAGUGUAUGAUUUUUCCGUGAGGAUUUUUUUUUAACUGUUUAUUGCUUUCUUGGGUGUACAUUCUCUUACUAUAUUAGGUAACAAAAACGUUAAAAUAAAAAUGACCAUUCGAUUACUUAUUCUAUUCUUAUAUCUAAUUGUUCGCUCGCAUGCGAAUCUCGUAGAUAGAUAUUUUUUUUAUUGCUUUUACAAUUUUUGGUAUAGGCGUUUUGAUCUGUGUUAGUUGUAUUUUGCAGUUUGGU